AUGCAGACAGCCACAGUGCUGGAGCCUGAAACCUGCGAUGUGUACAUCUGGAGUGACCGGGAAGCAUGUCGAGAGCUGAUCCAUUUUAUCUGGAGGACUUUACAACAGAACAACCUUUCUCUGAACAAAGUGGUGAGACUGCCCAAACGGAGAUGUCUGUCAGGUUUUAGCUCUGGAGUUUCAGGCUUGCGCUGGAGUUUAAGGAAGCCCCCAGUUCUUGCUCUGCAGUGUCUCCAGCAAGUGACCACCAGGCUGGCUCUGGAGUCUUUGGAUGCUCUGGCUCCAGAAAUUCUGGCUUUGGCAGGAGGAGGAAGGCCGUGGCGCCGCAUCAUCAGGGAGCUGACUGCAAGAACAUGGAAAAGACCUCCGACUCUCAAUGGCACAGCAAAGUGGAGGAGCUUGCAGCAGGUCCAGGCAACGCUUGCAAAUAAACUUGGAUCUACCAUGAGAGGGGUUUUCUUCAAGGACAACUUCUGGAGCUUGGACAUCACCAGCAUCAUCGGCUAUGACUGUCUCCUACAACACAUGAAUGACGGGAGGAAGAACUGUAAGGAGUUCGAGGACUUCCUCAAGGAAAGGGCUGCCAUAGAGGAGCGCUACGGGAAGGAACUGGUUAAUUUAACAAAGAAGAAGCCUUGCGGACAAACUGAAAUAAACACUCUGAAACGGGCUCUGGAUAACUUCAAACAACAAAUUGAUAUUGUUGGCCAGAGCCACAUUCAGCUGGCUCAGUCCUUACGAGACGAGGCGAGGAAGAUGGAGGAGUUCCGAGAGAGACAGAAAGCCGAACGUAAAAAGAUAGAAGCUACAAUGGACGCCAUGCACAAGCAGAGACAGAUACAAUAUAAGAAGACAAUGGAUAGUAAGAAGGCCUAUGAACAGAGAUGUCGAGAAAAAGAAGACGCAGAGCAGAAUGUGGCUCGCUGCAACAAAAACACUAUGAAUCAGAAACAACAGGACAAGAUAUAUGCAAAGUUGGCUCAUUCCAAGGUGACAUUAGAAGAUGCAGAUAAGACAUACCAGCAGAACAUCAACCUAUUGGAUAGAAUCCGGGAAGACUGGCAGACUGAACACAUUAUUUCCUGUGUGUUUUUCGAGAACCAGGAAUGGGAUCGGAUAAACUGUUACCGGAAUGCAGUGUGGACUCACGUGAACCACUUGUCACAGCAGUGUGUCAGUAACGAUGUGAUGUAUGAAGAAGUCCGAAAAGGGCUGGAGGGCUGCAAUAUCGAAAAGGACAUUGAAUAUUUCACAGAAGGCCAUAAGACAGGAGAUAAACCCCCAGCUCCCAUCCCAUAUGAAAACUUCUACAACAACCAGAAGAAUUCAGUGCCGGUGACAAGGUUUGAGGCUUCAAUCUUCUAUGACAGCUGCAAAUGCAUUGAGUUUUAA